AUGCAAAUGCCACCUCCUCCACCACCGACAUCAUCAGCUGAUGGUGGUUAUUUAGGCAUUCCAGCUAUGUCAUCCCGUUUGAAAGCACUUGAAGAAAAAAUUCUACGUCAAAUUGGACCAUUUGAAUCUGGGACGACGACAACAACAACAGCUGCAACAGCAACACCAUCACCGACAAUAAAUCGACCAACAAGUCGAAAUAUUAAUUCACAAAUGCGACAAUUACCAACUAGUUUAAAUAGUCCUUCAUUAUCGCGUGCAAGUUCAGCUCCACCAACACGUAAACCUGUUUUUCAAUUACCACUUUCGCCACUUCAACCAACUCCGAAUAAUACCAGUGAAUAUACACAAGCUAAAUAUCAAGAGGUGCUCAAAAAUUCGGGGUUAUUACAUAUUGACGGAGAGCAAAAACGUGUUGAACUCAAAGAGCUUUUAAAUCUAUCCAUUCUUGGUUAUGGUUCAUGUGGUCAAGUAUAUAAAAUGCAACAUUUACCAAGUAAAACUGAACUUGCUGUUAAAAUUAUGCAUCGAACUGCAUCUGAUGAAGAAAAUAAACGAAUUAUUAUGGAUUUAGAUGUGAUUAUAAAAAGUUAUAAUUUUCCAUAUAUUGUUAAAUGUGUUGGAUAUUUUAUUAAUUCCUCAGAUGUUUGGAUAUGUAUGGAAUUAAUGGCAUCAUGUUUUGAUAAACUCCUUAAACUUAUUCAACAACCUAUGCCUGAAAAAAUUUUAGGCAGAUUAACAUUUUCUACAGUAACUGCACUUAAUUAUUUGAAAGAUACACAUGGUAUUAUUCAUCGAGAUGUUAAACCAUCGAACAUUCUAAUUGAUGAAUAUGGAACAAUUAAACUUUGUGAUUUUGGUAUAAGUGGUGUACUUAUUGAAUCAAUGGCGAAGUCAAGAAAUGCUGGUUGUGCAGCAUAUAUGUCACCAGAACGUAUUGAACCAUCAGAUCCAUCACGACCUGAUUAUGAUAUAAGAGCUGAUAUAUGGAGUUUAGGAAUUACACUUAUUGAACUUGCAACAAAUGCUUAUCCAUAUUCAAAUUGUCGAUCUGAUUUCGAUGUUAUGUCACGUAUUGUAACAGAAGAAGCUCCUCAAUUACCUGCUCAUCUUUCGUUCUCUGAUCAUUUCCGAUCUUUUGUCAAUAUGUGUUUAAUAAAAAAUUAUAAACAAAGACCUAAAUAUGUUGAGCUAAUGCUUCAACCAUUCUUUAUUCAAUCACGUGAAGAACCAGUCGAUGUUGCUAGUUGGUUUCGAGAUGUAACAGCAGCGGCGAACGAAAAACAACGCCGGUGA